AGUGUCUACAUAUUUACAGAAGUUUGGUAGCUUAAGAGGAAAAAGAAACGUGAAGAAUUUCAAAAUGGCAGAAAAGUUUGAAAGUCUCAUGAACAUUCAUGGUUUUGAUCUGGGCUCUCGAUAUAUGGACUUGAAACCACUGGGCUGUGGUGGAAAUGGCUUAGUUUUUUCUGCUGUCGAUAAUGACUGUGAUAAAAGAGUGGCUGUCAAGAAAAUUGUCCUCACAGAUCCUCAGAGUGUUAAACAUGCUCUGCGUGAGAUUAAAAUUAUUAGAAGACUUGACCAUGAUAACAUUGUGAAAGUAUUUGAAAUUCUUGGUCCCAAUGGAAGCCAGUUAACGGAUGAUGUGGGCUCCCUUACGGAACUGAACUGUGUUUACAUUGUUCAAGAGUACAUGGAGACAGAUCUGGCUAACCUGUUAGAGCAGGGCCCUUUACUGGAAGAACAUGCCAGGCUUUUCAUGUACCAGCUGCUACGUGGGCUCAAGUAUAUUCACUCUGCAAAUGUCCUACAUAGAGAUCUCAAACCAGCUAAUCUUUUCAUUAAUACUGAAGACUUGGUGCUGAAGAUUGGCGACUUUGGUCUUGCACGGAUCAUGGAUCCUCAUUAUUCCCAUAAGGGCCACUUACUGAGGGAUUGGUUACUAAAUGGUAACAGGUCACCCCGUCUACUUACUUCUCCUAACAACUCACCUACCGCCAUUGACAUGUGGGCUGCAGGUGCAUGUUUUGCUGAAAAUAGACUGCAUGGAGAAACCCUCUUUGCGAGUGCACAUGAACUUGAACAGAUGCAGCUGAUUUUAGAGUCAAUUCCUGUUGUGCAUGAGGAGGACCGUCAGGAGCUUCUCAGUGUAAUCCCAGUUUACAUUAAAAAUGAUAUGACAGAGCCGCACAAACCUUUAACACAGCUGCUUCCAGGCAUCAGUCCUGAAGCACUGGACUUCCUGGAGCAAAUUUUGACAUUUAGUCCCAUGGAUCGAUUGACAGCAGAAGAAGCUUUGUCCCAUCCUUAUAUGAGCAUUUACUCCUUUCCAACAGAUGAGCCCAUUUCAAGUCAUCCUUUUCACAUUGAAGAUGAGGUUGAUGAUAUUCUGCUCAUGGAUGAAAGUCACAGCCAUAUUUACAAUUGGGAAAGAUACCAUGAAAGUCAGUUUUCAGAUCAUGACUGGCCCAUUCAUAAUAACUUUGAAGCUGAUGAAGUUCAGCGUGAUCCAAGGGCUGUUUCUGAUGUCACUGAUGAGGAAGAAGUGCAAGUAGAUCCUCGCAAAUAUUUGGAUGGAGAUCGUGAAAAGUAUCUGGAGGAUCCUGCUUUUGACACGCACUUCUCUACUGAGCCUUGCUGGCAAUAUCCCGAUCACCAUGAAAACAAGUACUGUGAUCUGGAAUGUAGCCACACUUGUAAUUACAAAAUGAGGUCAUCUUCAUACCUAGAUAACUUAGUUUGGCGAGAUAGUGAAGUUAACCAUUACUAUGAGCCCAAGCUUAUUAUAGAUCUUUCUAACUGGAAGGAGCAAAGCAAAGAGAAGUCUGAUAAGAAAGGCAAGUCAAAAUGUGAAAGGAAUGGAUUGGUGAAAGCUCAGAUAGCUCUUGAGGAAGCAUCACAGCAGCUUGUUGAAAAAGAAAGGGAGAAGAAUCAAGGAUUUGACUUUGAUUCAUUUAUAGCAGGAACCAUUCAACUUAGUUUACAACAUGAGUCUACUGAUGUUGAUAAAUUAAAUGACUUGAAUAGCUCAGUGUCCCAACUGGAAUUGAAAGCCUUAAUAUCAAAGUCAGUAAGCAGAGAGAAACAGGAAAAAGGAAUGGCCAAUUUGGCACAGUUGGAAGCUCUGUACCAAACUUCUUGGGAUAGCCAGUUUGUAAGUGGUGGGGAGGAGUGCUUCCUCAUAGAUCAGUUUUGUUGUGAAGUCAGGAAAGAUGAACAAAUCGAAAAAGAAAACACUUACACCAGUUAUUUGGACAAGUUCUUUAGUAAGAAAGAAGAUACAGAAAUGCUAGAAACUGAGCCAGCAGAAGAUGGGAAGCUUGCGGAGAAGGAAAGAGAAGAGAGCUUUCUUAGUAACAGUGGGGAGUUUCUCUUUAACAAGCAGUUAGAGGCUAUAGGUAUCCCUCAGUUUCACAGUCCUGUUGGUUCACCACUUAAAUCAAUUCAGGCUACAUUAACACCUUCUGCUAUGAAAUCAUCUCCCCAAAUUCCCCAUAAAACAUACAGCAGCAUUCUGAAACAUCUAAACUAAAACACUCAGCAGACAUAUUUUUUUUUGUAUUCUUCAUGAGAUGUUUGUCUUUUUUAUUACUAAUGUAAGUAAUUUUUUUUUACUUGAAUCAGAUGGUGUAAUUUUGGUAUGGAUUUCAUUAGCUUUCUGUUUACCAUCAUUUUUACAAUCCAGAAUUAAUUUCUAUACAUGACUUAGUUUUUUGUUUUUAAACUGGCAUGUCGUUUGCACACGAAAUAAAAGAAUAGAGCAGAAUAAUGCAAAAUGUAGGAGGAAACAGAAAAAAAUGCACUAAACCAAGUAAAAACAUUGUCAGUAAAACAUUUGUCCAUGUUUUGCAGAAAAAAGAAUCUUGCCUUGAAAUUUACACAGUGAGACUGUACAUAAUUGCAUGAAAAUAUCUAUUUUUUCCCUGAAACAUUUUUUCAUUCGUGUAUUAGUUUUUCAUACUGUAAACAUUUCUUAGACACAUGAUACCAGCAGCAACUGAAAAUGAAUGCAGAAUUUGGUACGCAUGUGUUAUCUACCUCAAGGUAACAGCAGUAUGUGGCAAAACAUUAACCACCCAUAGUGCUUCUCAUUAUGCACUUCUCUUUAGCCAGCAUUAUUAUAGUAGCUAUUUUUCCUGAAAAAUCAUUCAAUAUUUAUAAAUGUUCUGGUAUGCAUUCUUUAUAGUGAAGUGUUAAUAUGUGGCACUUUUAUUUAUUUUAACAAAUAAAUUUUCUGUAAUUACAGAAAGUCAACUUAAUUUUUGAAGUUUCUUGGCAGAUAAGGUUUUUGUUUAGCACUAUGGUUUAUUGCCUACAUAGAAGAAUAUAUAAUAACAUUGGCUUAUUCUGAGGCUGUCCAAUACAUCUAUAUGUUUUUUUUAAGUUUUCAUUUCAAGUAAAGCACUCACUGUGUAUAGGAAUCUGUAAUUUGGGGGUGCUUGAUCUCUCUACAAAAAUUAGGAAUUGCUUUAUUAUAAAAUGCUCCUAGAAAUCUUAAUUGUGUUCAUUUUUUUUAAAAGAUUUGUAACGUUAGUUGUGUGCAUGGAAAUAAUUAAGGUACAUUAUUAUUGUAGGUUAAAAGUUCUUUAUGGUGAGACAUUUUGCUUUUACUGUAUGUUUUUACUGAAUAAUUCCCAGCCCCAAAACAAGCAUGAAUAAAAUUAGGUUAAAUGUAGCAUGUAGCAUCUCGGUCUUCUGGAAAUUUGCUUUAUCUUCUGAUUUGUUUUGUUGUUUUUUGUUUGUUUGGGACACUGUAUGUAUUAUUGGCUCCCCUGUUUAAAGAAAGACGACAAAUAAAACAUGGCCAGCAAAAAAUGA